CGAGUGACUGACAGGCGCAACGAAAGACAGUCCGGGGCUGUCUGGAGAAAGGAGAGGCUUGGGCUCCCGGCCUCGGGAGAAGACUAGGGCAGUGCUUGGGCAGCGAAACACAGCGGCUGAAAGCGCGCGUGGGGGGCGGGGACUCUAGGUGGAACAAGUUACAGGAUGUCAGAGAAGGAUGUCUCCCGGAAGGCGGGCUAACGUGUGGGUACGUCUACCUGCCUCGAGACACGUGGGAGAGACUGGGGUGAUGCUGGUGCCAAAUAUCAAGGGUCUCGUGCUGAGUUCAAGGAAUUAGUUUGAAGUACGAAAUCGGGGGUCUCAGUCAUCAUGGACGACCUACAGCCUGAAGAGACCAUAGAGCAGCAGGAUUCGUCCAAGGAGAGGAGUGUGCAAAGUCCGGGAGGCGACAUCUGCCACCUGGGGUCCCCACAGUGCACCCGCUGCCUCAUCACCUUCGCCGAUUCCAAGUUCCAGGAGCGUCACAUGAAGCGGGAGCACCCAGCGGACUUCGUGGCCCAGAAGCUACAGGGGGCCCUCUUCAUCUGCUUCACCUGCGCUCGCUCCUUUCCCUCCUCCAAGGCCCUGAUUGCCCACCAGCGCAGCCAUGGUCCGGCCGCCAGACCUUCCCCACCAGUUGCACCCACCACUGCCCAGACCACCACCUUCCCCUGUCCUGACUGUGGCAAGACCUUUGGGCAGGCUGCUUCUCUGAGGCGGCACCGCCAGGCACAUGAGGCCCAAACCCCUCCUGGCCCCUUCGCCUGCACUGAGUGUGGUCAGGACUUUGCCCAGGAAGCUGGGCUGCAUCAACAUUACAUCAGGCAUGCACGGGGGGAGCUCUGAGUUCAGCUUUAGCCCUCCCCAUGGCAAUGGGAGCUCUGUAGUUAGUGAGAUCCACCUCUGACACAGGAUGGGGCCUUGGAGGGAUUUGCUUCCCUCCCUGGAAAGGCAAAGGGCUCCUGAGAUAUAGGACCUAGAAGAUGCUCAUUUAAAGCUUCAGUCCUUGGAGGACACAGAGGCCCCCCGAGAAACAGUGAUAUCAGACAAUAGUGAGAUCUUUUUGUUUAAAAAAAAAAAGAGCAAGAAAAGAGGAAAAAUUGUUAUUUGUAUCCCCCUCAUUUCCAUUAAAUAGUUUGAAAUCACAAUU